CGGCAAUAAGUCAAGCCACACACUCAGUAAAAGAACUGAUGGAGGACCUCUCGCCGAACGAACAAGUCGCUGCCUUCACGGCCGCCGGUGCUUUCGCCGGCGCCGCCAUCGGCUCGGUCGAGUCUGUGUGGCACAUCCCCAAGCUCGGCGAAGCGCUCCCGAGCUUUUCGCACCAGCUCCGCGCGAUUGCCCUUCGCUCGGCCUCGUUCGGCAUGAUCUCGUUCUCGUACGCUGUCGGCAAGUCGACUGCGGCUUCGAUCCGCAUGAAGGACGAUGUCUUCAACCCGAUCGUCGGUGGCUUUGCGGCCGGCAUCGUGCCGGGCAUCUUGCGGAAGAGCGGCACGGUCGGCCUUGGUGCCGGCGCGGCCAUUGCCACGGUCAUGGCGGCCACCGAGUACUUCUCGGCGGGCGCGGAACCCACGGCGAACAAGUGGGCCUCGCGCUACGACCACCUCAAGAAAUAAACGAGGCCACCCGUGUGUGUGUUAUUUCUUCGA